CCCACUGUAACUGCGUGCGGCUUUUAACCUAUUAAUAUAGGUCUUGCAGUUUGCCAUGCGGUCCUUUUUGGCUCUGGACAAUGAAUAACACCACCGGCUUGGCGCUGGUUGGAGCGGGCAGCCGGGAAGACCCGCCGGCGCACAGAGCUCUCACUGGAUGCGUCCUGGUGCUGCUCAUCAUUUGGACGCUUGUGGGCAACAUGACCGUGUGCGCGGCCGUGUAUCGCUACCGCCACCUGCGCGCCAAGGUGACCAACAUCUUCAUCGUGUCCCUGGCUCUGUCGGAUCUCCUGGUCGCGGUGCUGGUGAUGCCGUGGAAAGCCGCGGCUGAAGUGGCCGGCUUCUGGCCGUUCGGCGGCUUCUGUAAGACAUGGCUGGCCUGCGACAUCAUGUGCUCCACGGCCUCCAUCCUCAACCUGUGCGUGAUCAGCGUGGACCGAUACUGGGCAAUCUCCAGCCCGUUUUGCUACGAGCGGAGCAUGAACAAGAGGGUGGCCUUCGUGAUGAUCGGGGUGACGUGGACUGUGUCCGUUGUGAUCUCCUUUGUUCCCGUGCAGCUAGACUGGCACCGGGCGGAAAUCAGUGACCCCGGCGGGCGCGUGGUUCCACACCUGGAGAGCACCGAGGGGAGCUGUGACUCGAGUCUGAGCCGCACUUACGCAAUCUCUUCCUCCCUUAUCAGCUUCUACAUCCCCGUUGUGAUCAUGAUCGUCACCUACACCCGGAUUUACCGGAUUGCCCAGACGCAGAUCCGGGUAAUAUCUUCCUUGGAACGCGCGGCGGAGCACGCCCAGAGCUGCCGGUCGCACGUGCCCGAGCUGUUCCCGCAUAUGUGCACAGACAUCGGUGCCAGCUCCUACCAGUCCCGCAUCAGCAUCCACCCUGAUUCCCAGUGCCCCAAUAAGUCACACCGGGAGCUCAGAGUCUCCAUCAGGAAAGAGACCAAAGUGCUGAAGACUCUGAGCAUCAUAAUGGGAGUUUUCGUUUGCUGCUGGCUGCCCUUCUUCAUCCUGAACUGCGCUUUACCUUUCUGCCCCGGACCAGGGGCCCCUGGAGCCCACCGCGGCCCCUGCUGUGUCAGCGAGAAAACCUUCGAUGUGUUCGUGUGGAUCGGGUGGAGUAACUCCUCCCUAAAUCCCAUUAUUUAUGCGUUCAACGCGGACUUUAGAGACGCCUUCCUUCGCCUGUUGCGCUGCCGCGGAGGAGGCUUUCUGUCGGCGGUGAGUACAGCGGUGGAGACCAUGCUGGCGAACAACGAGGCCGGGCAGCAGAGGCGAGACAGCACCCUGAAGGCAAAGUUGAGCGUGUCCACGAACACGCGGGGGAGUCAGGACAGCGGAAACACCACGGUGGCCGUGUUUUAUCACCGAGGGGCCACGAUGGAACAAGGGACGGACACUGAGGAAAGAUUUGACAAAGACCGAUUGACACAAAUACCCAGAUAAUUUUAAAAUCUCCAGCCACGCUGAUCUUCUUUUAGUCUGUUUUUAGUCGAUAUUAAAUAAUUUUGUCCAUCAAACAAGUUCUUUAAGGAAAGGAACAUCACUUUUUUUCACUUGAUAGCCUAGAAGUAUGGGGGACUAAAAGUGUUACAAUUCAAAUAGCCAAAAACAAGUAGUUUAAUGGGUUUCCUUAACUAAUUAAAACUGGAAACAAACACGUGAAUAACUAUUCUAACACUUUUAUGCAUUAGUUGUGAUAAUCAUGCAAAAAAUGCAGAAUUUUUUUGUUUUCAAUCUGUUUUUGACGCUUUUAGUUUAAGAAAUAUGGCGGCUAAACCAGUGCGGCAACACACUUUUACAUUUUCUAACAUUGUUCACUUUUAUGAGAAAAAGAAACUAACCCUAGCCUAAAUGUUUCCCAUUAAUCCAUCAGCUCUUUGCUGAUGACUCCUUCAGAAAAAAACUCAAGUGAAAAUACACAGUGAAACUUAAUGAGAGCCAUCUAUGAACUCAGUGAAAUGCAAACCCAAGCAAAAAUAUGUCAAUAUAAAAAAAGGAAUAGUAGUUAUACCAAAGCCCCUACAUUGGUAUAACUUAUUUUUGAGCUUGAACAAAUUUAGUUUUAUUCAAGGUAGUAAACAUAUUUUGACAGCAUGCAUUACAUUGGUGACACAGAGCUCGGCCCUGGGGAAACCCUGUAAAAGAAAACCUUUACUGAUGAAGACCGUUCGUCAUAAACCACCCCUCUUGAUUCCACAGUCCCAGCUGCAUGAUCUGAAUGCUCACAUUGCCUGUGAUCCGAGCGAUAUGACGUGAAGGGACGAAGUGACCUGUGGGUCGUGGCUUGUCGUAUAUAAUGAAACAACAAUGUGAGAAGAGGCUAACAUCAUUUGUUUUAGAUUGACUUGCUGUGCAGGUUAAACCAAUCAGAUAGGUGGGCCACUAUGGAUAGUCUAAUGGUUUCUCUGAGCAUUCAGACACAGUAACCAUGAAGCAA